AUGCCCCUAUCAGGCAUCUCUCUGCACGUCGCCGCACCUGCGUCACCAGGCUGCACCCUGGAGGCCGAGCACUGGAAGGCGCGCGCCAACCUCACCGACGCCAGCGCCAUCGCCCCCAAGUACAACACGACCCAUGAGCUCCUGAUGCUGGCCCCCUGGGCCGCCAUCCCGGCCCGCGUGAACGCCUCCGGCCUCGGUUAUUGGACUCCGCACUUUUCGUGGUCCCCCCGACUCCCCCGCCGCGGGCGCGUACCUCUCUCCCGGGCCCCAUCCCCAACACGGCACCUCAACGGGGUUAAGACACCACCCCUGGUGCCUGCGAGGGACUUGUGA